AUGACCGAGCCGAACACGCGGGGCACGGCCAAGGACAACGGGACCGGCAACGGCAGCAGCAGCGGCCCCGAGACCAACGCCACGACCAACAAUGAAAAGAGCAAUAGCUCCAACCAACCGUCCUCCUUAGCAUCCCGCAUCCAAUCCUCUGCAACAAAGCUAGCAAAAAGCGCCUUCCAACCGCCCACCUCGGCCGAGCUCUCCCAAUCCCUAGCAGCAAGUACAGGCAACAAGGCCGGACAAUCCUCCCUACAAUCCACUGCCAAUACACACACUGCAAGCGCGAGUCGGGCUGUCUCAACACCAGGAUCAGGAUCAGCAUCAGCACCAGGAACUACAGGAACACAAGCAUCGACCUUCAGAAAUGAACUCCCCCAACAAGGCGGGGUCGAGCUCCCUCCAUUAACAGAAGCCGAGUUCCAAUAUGGCCAGGAACUAGGACUGGGACUAGGAUUGGACCAAGAACAAGGACAAGAGACAGACCUCCAAUCAACAACCGGCCCCUGGAAAGGAAAACAACGAGCGCAAGACCCAGCCCAAACCCAAUAUGAAACAGCCUGGCAACGCAACCCCCCAACCCCAAUCCAAACAACCACCCAACAACCAACAACCUACAACCCCGAACCAACGGACGGCUCAGCCGUUCUAUCCCUCCUCUCUGACCCAUCCUUCGAUCCAAACAUGGACACAGACCCAGCAACCCUACCCGAAACACAUCCCUCGCUAGACCGAUAUGCCGCGCCGGCCCCUUUGUCUCGGGGUGAGAUUGAGGCUAUUGAGUCGUUUCGGAGGGGAGUUGGGGGUGUUAUGCGCGAGGACUUGGAUCGUCAACAGCAAAAGCAGAACCGGAUGGGAGAGGGAGAGGGUGGGAAUGGGGGCAUAUCGGGUUCGAGUCUAAUACCCGACAUCGAUACCUUCCUCAUGGAGAAUGAAUAUGGAUCUGGAGUUAGAGCUGGAUCUGGAUCGUCCCUCCGCGACACAAUCGCAACAUACCUCCCUGGCGCUAUUGACUGGAUGGACGUACAGGAGAGGUAUGUUGAUGAUGUAUGGGGGUAUCUGGAGCCUGUACUCGAAGCGGCGAGGGAAGAGAUUGAGGAUGGGAAUAAGCGUGAAGGCACUGGGCAUGAGGAUGGGGAUGGACCGGCUGAAUAG